AUGGCGGAUAAAGCUAUCUCGGACAGAUUUGACCAACUUCUAGCGGCAGCAGAAGCCGAAGCUCAACAGGUAUUUGCUCCGUACAACCUUUCAGAUGAGCAAAAGAGAAGCAUAGCCCAGUUCCUCAACGCACCUGUACAGCCUCAGCCUGUAACACAUAAUAUAGUCAUGAAACUCUAUAAGCCACCGGACAACAAUAUCACGGAUUGGAAAGAUAAAUGUUUCAGGGGCAAAGAGGGAUAUGAAUUUCAACAUUUUGCAUCUGUCAAUGCCAUAGAGCGAGAGGGGGAAGAGGUGUUUGGAGAUAUGAUACAUGGGGAAAUACGAAAAUCCACUCUCAUCCGUCUCAUGAGAUUAGCAUUUAAUCUACUGGACGCUUCACUUAAUCCAGUGUUUGGUCGCAUUGAUUCGGAAAUCUUGAGCACCACAAUCCCUAUCCCUGCAGCAGCUCUGGACAGGAUUAUUGCCCCACGACCUCGUGUUCGUGGCGUCCCUCACGGAAUCACACUUACCCGAGAUCAUCACAACAAUCCUAAGGAAACACGGAUUGUGCAGAGAGCUAUAGCAUACUGUUAUCUAGCUGCAAGCUAUAUACGGUUAUAUACAAAACCGGUGGACAAUUUCGCGACAAUUGCGGAGCAGUUGAGGUCCCGAUUCCCAAACUUUUAUGGCUUUCCAUUUCCAUUUAACGGGUACCAUCCUGAUCGGGCGAGAAUAGAAGCAAUGAAGAACCAUUUGGAUCAUCAUAGCGAGUUGUUGCGCAACACCAUGUAUGCUGUAUUGUACGCAGGAGCUACGAAUCCUCGUGGGAAGAAUAUAAAAGAUUUUUUGUAUGAUAGUCAUAUCAGCUAUACUGGAUUGCAUGCCUUCUCACUCUUCUCCCAGUGCAUUGAUUUAUACAGAAUUCCAUAUGAUGAUUUGAUAGAUGUCCUUCACUCUCCGCGAAUAGAGCCACAGCUGGAAUCCAUGGCAGCUAUAUUCAACAAGCUGAUGCGCAAGGAGGACGAGGAAUAUGCUGCACAGAUGUGGAGGUAUGCUAGAAUUUUCGAGAAGAACUUCCUCAGCAACUUACAAACAAAGAAGUGUAAGUUUUUUGCCACGGUACUGGCAUAUCUUGUACAUGUUGCAGCUGAAAAUAGGACUCAGCAAAAUGUGCUCAGCAUUGUUCAAAUUUCUGACCUUGGAGAGAUGGAGAAGCACUCUGCUCUCCUUUAUGCCAAGAGAGCAUCCGAAUUGAUUGCAGAUAAGAUGCAUGGUGGGAAAAAAAAAUGA